AUGUGGAAGGCAGUACAUGUUCAUGUACUAAUUGAUGAGUAUAAAGAAAAUAAUGCAGAAUUUUAUAAUAUGUCUGGAAGUCAAAAAUCAUUAUUUUGGAAUGGUGUGACAACUAGAAUUAAUUUCGAAUUUGGAACGUAUUUUACAGGUAAUAAUUGUAAAGACAAAUUUAAUGGAUUAAAUAUGGUUUUAUAUAUUCAAGGUGAUCCCAAAGGUAAAUCUACCAAAAAUGGACGUACUUAUUAUCAUGACCCUCCACCACGCUAUACUGAAACCAGUCAAAGCCCUCCUAUAUCUAAUGAAAAUAAUAAAACAAGUAGUAGUAGUCAAAGUCAUACUGUAUCUAAUAAAAAUAAUGAUUAA